GAUAAAAUAUCAUACAUACAAAUGUAGAACCAUAAACGACUUAUGAAGAAAACUAAUAAAAAUGUAAACAGAAUUAGAAAUUCUUAACUAAAGUAAACUACUUUGUAACUUGCAUGAACUGCAUUGCAACAGGCGGGCGAUGAGUAACUUUUACUGACACCUCGUUCUUCGACAUUUGAGAAGUAAACUAAAUUAAAUUUACUUUCAUGAUUUAAAGACAUACAAAUAUUAAUACCUACUAGUUCCAAAGGUCGCUUACCAAUGAAACCCAACAAAGCAAAAACAUCUUUACGGACUUAAACACAAUUAAUUUGGUGCAUAAGUGAAGUAAUUGACUCUUUGAAUUUUAAAACAUAGACAUUGUUUAUUAAUGCAAACAAAUUAUAUAAAAAAUAAAGAUCUGAUAAAAUUAAUUUAAUAUAAUGUCGAAGGGUAAAAAAUAUCCAACAGUUAAAAGAGCUUAUGGAAGUAAAUGGAAAUACUAAGAUCAAAGACAAAUUAAAUCCCAACUAUUUCAAACUAGAGUUUGAAGCUCCAAUUUUUCCGACUAGUAAAGAGCAUACACAUAAAAAAUUGAAAACCGUCUAGCUAAUGGUCGAAAUUCAACGGAUCUUAGCAGUAGGUCUAUUGAAAUACCUAGAAUGCCCAACUGUGGAUCAUCUAAUGGUGGAAGGACUUCGGAUUCAAAAGAAUUAAUAAACAUUAAAAAAAAUAGACGCCAUGAAGAACAACGAAUAAAGCAACAUAAAUUUUUUUUUGAUAAUUUAAAAAUAGACCAGGACAAUUUUGAUAACUCCUAUGACCAAUACACGAAAUCUGACAACACUACUAGCAAUGACCAUAGUACUAGCAAUGAUUUGGAAAAAAUCUUUGUUGUCCCAUCAAGAAGUUCGGCAGGAAUAGCAGCGUCGUUGUCCGAACUGCUCUUACGCCAGCCGAAAGCUAUUUCUCAGCAUUGGCAAACAGCACCAGAAACAGAAAGCUGUCAAGAAGAGGUGUAUAGCAAUCAAAAUGAACUAUUUUCAUGUAUAUACACUAAUAGUAUGCUAAAUCAACAAAAAUGCUCGCAGCAGCAGCUUUUGGCCACGCAACUUUUUUAUGCACGGCUUUUUCAGCCUCACCUAGCAGAACAAGAUUUCUCGUCGGAGAAAUUUACCGAUAGGACUCCAAAUAUGGUUCAUCUCGCAGGAUUAAAGAAGCCCAUGAUUGGACAAGAUGAGCUGGCACGAACACCAUCCUCGCAAGAUAAUAAUAACAAUAUUGAGUUAACUAAUGAUUUGGAAAAUUGCUCAAGAUGUGAGGAUCAACCAUUAUUUGAAUUUACUAAAGUUCAUAAAAAUCAGAGGACUGCGCAAAAAAACAUGCAGGAAUUGGAAAAUUGUAAUUCUGUUUUAAAUAAAGCACAUCAUUUUAUCCAAAGUAAGGAAUCGAAGUGCACAGAUGAGUACGACCUACAACAUACGUGUGAAUUUAUCCGGGAAAACAAAAGCGUACUAAUCGACGUUAAAAAUAGACUCGAAAAACUUUCUGUACUUUCGGCAAAAUUUAAGAAAAGCCUGAGUGUGCGUCAAUGUCACGUCGAUGUAAAUAAUGGUUCGGAUUCAGCACUUGAGGCAACUGUGGGGCGACAACUAGAUGGGAAUUGCAAGUCAAUUGAAAGAGUACUUGAACAAGUAAAACGGCUUUAUAAUCAGUGGAGCAGCGCUGAGCUCUACUACCGUAGAAGUUUACAACGCUUAGGACUCACUUCAGAAGAAGGUGUUGAAUGUAGUCCUACCCCAACACACACCAUUAUGGCUUUGGCUGCGAUAGCAUUAUCUGAAGAAAGAGAGCUUUCAAUUAAGAAAACCACUGGUAUUGACCCUGAAAACCUCGAAGUUGAAAGCCGGUCGACAAAACCUAAAACACUGAACGAAAUAGAGGAUAUAAUACUACAACUAGCUUCAGCUGUUAAUAUGCACCAAUCUAGUGUGCCUAGCACCACACCUGAUGUCUACAGUGAUGGCGUCAAGAGCGAUUUCGAAGAAACAACUUUAAUACCCACUUGCAUUUGGCAUACUAAUAAGCGGAGAUUUCGGCAUAAAGAGGAGGUUGAACAGUGUACCACUGCAGCUGAGAUUAUUUUAGAAUAUGCUUCAUUGUCUUCAUCAUCUAAUGCAAACACGCUACGCGUGCCGGAUACUUCCACAUCUGUUUCUAACUUUACUGACGCUGUAGAAAAUUGUAGUGUCGCAACACAAUCGCCUAUUAUGUUAAGUAACAAUCGGGAAGGCUCAGCUGUGUCAGUCAUUACGGACCCUUCAUUCUUUUCCGAAUUUCCUACUGCACCUUCUACACCUUCGACAAGUAGUAACAGUGGCUGCUCGACUGGAAUAGUAUCUGGAAUCUUUGGAUUAGGUCACAAUCGGAGAAAACCACGAUUUGCAAGGCGUAUUGAAACUCUGACUUCAGGUUCUUCUACACCUAAAACUAUAAAGGGGAGUGGCGAUCAGGAAUUCUCUUACCAGCUACUUACUUCCCCAAAAUCAGCAAAAAAAACAGAAAAUUUGGCGCCUCAAAUUUCUACGACCACACCUUCAAUUAAAAUUGCUGUGACAACCACGCAGGAACGUUCUAUAACCAAUAUGUUCAAGGCGCGACUUUGCGCAUUAUCGGCAGAUACUGGAACACUCGAGUCUGAAAUUGUACCAAUGCUAGAUGCUCCGUAUGACUUAAGUAUUGGAACCAAGAUAAAACCCAUGAACUUGGAUACAAAAAACUCAUCGAAUACACAAUCAAACGAUGCUAAGGAGACAUCAAAUGAUAAAAAAAAACCCCAUAUCAAGAAACCACUAAAUGCGUUUAUGCUUUAUAUGAAGGAAAUGCGUGCUAAAGUAGUUGCAGAAUGUACACUCAAAGAAUCGGCUGCUAUUAAUCAGAUUUUGGGAAGACGGUGGCACGAACUUUCCCGCGAAGAACAAAGCAAAUAUUACGAAAAAGCUCGACAAGAGCGUCAAUUACAUAUGGAAUUGUAUCCGGGGUGGAGCGCACGAGAUAACUAUGGUUACGUGUCAAAAAAGAAAAAGCGAAAAAAAGACAGAUCGACAACGGAUUCGGGAGGUAACAAUAUGAAAAAAUGCCGAGCCCGAUUUGGUCUGGAUCAACAGAAUCAAUGGUGCAAACCUUGCAGGCGCAAAAAAAAAUGCAUUCGUUAUAUGGAAGCACUGAAUGAAAAUGGGCCCACCGAAGACGGUAGCGGUAUUGAUGAACAUGGAAGCCAGCUAAGUGAUGACGACGAUGACGAAUACGAUGAUGAUAAACUGGCCGGAAGUUGUGGAAGCGGCGACGAAAGUAAUAAAAUAGUAGAUGACGACACCGAGUCUUUAAAUCAAUCCAUGCCCAGCCCAGGCUGUCUAAGUGGAUUGUCCAGUUUACAGAGCCCAUCGACAACAGUGAGCUUGGCAAGCCCACUUAAUAUGAAUAGCAAUCCAGCAACUAAUGUUGUAUUUCCUGCCACCUCAAAUGCCCUUUUGAUCGUCAGUGCAGAUCAGCCGACUUCACAACAACGAUCCACAUCUGUGUCUACAUCAGGAUCAAGUAGUGGGUCAACUAGUAGCAUUAGCACUACCCCAAAUACCUCCAGUACAGUUUCGCCAGUUACAGGUACGACGGGUCCAUCUCCAAGUUCGUCGCAUGAAAGAGCCAUGAUGCUUGGAAAUCGAUUUAGUCACUUGGGAAUGGGGUUAAGUCCUCCAGUAGUUAGCACAAGUAGCUGUAGCCCUGACACAUUUUUUCAGCCACAUCCCACAGUUUGUAAUAAUGCUAUAUUUUCGUUGCCAUCGAUUGGUAAUAGUAGUAUAAACCAUUCUUCAAUGCCAAACAUUUCCCGAAACCCUAUUGGUGCUAACCCACGGGAUAUUAAUAAUCCCCUGAGCAUUAAUCAGUUAACUAAAAGACGUGAAUAUCAAAAUGUUGAAUUGAUGAAAGGUAGUAACUCCCAGACUAUUGUAGCUCAUGCAGCCACCUCCAUUAUUCAUCAUGUGGCGGCACAUGGCUAUCGCGCGAACCAUUCUCUUUUAAACAGCACUUUUAGCCAACAUUUCCAUCAACAGUUAACUAACCAUAUGGAAACAGCUAAAAGGAGUGAGCCCACAAUGCUGUCUGUAAGUACUCAUGCUGUAAAUAGCAGUGAAUGCCAUAAAGCAUCUGAUCCACAAGCAAAUGCAUCUGUAAAGACUACAAGCGCAGGCGCUUCCGAAACUGGCGUCAUUAGCGUUUCAUAACAGAUCCAAAUGUAUUUUUACAUUUAAUUAUCCAUAAGUGAGCGAAAAAUAAUUCAAAUAAAUAACCGUGCAAUAAUUAUCUCGACAUCCCAUCGCCAUCUUAUGAAACGAGAGGCCAUUAAUAACUAGUGCCAAGAUAUACAACGCAAUAUUUCUUUUUUAUAAUUAAACUAUAUACUAAGUUCACCGAAUCUUAGGACUUAUGCACAAAACCCGAUAGCAUCAACCUAAUUAGAGGCCAACCAUAAAUAUUUCUAAAAAUAAACCUGAGACAGAUCCCAAGCUAAGAAAUGCCAAAUAAAUUAACAGACAAUAUACACUAACCAUCAAUCCAUUUUGCAAGCACAUGUCCAAUCUUCAAUGCUUAAUUCAUUAACUUAAUCUUUAAAGCUGUAUAUCCUUUUCCGAUAAUUCGCUUUCAGUUUUAUGUUGACUUGCCUAAAUGAAUUCUUCUAAACAAUAUUAAGGAAAUAGUUUGGUCUUUCUAGUUACAGUGUGAAACAAAAAUUAAUUAGUAUUUGUUUUAGAAUAACAUUAAAACUUUUUAAAGAUGUCGGUGUCCUUAAUAUAUAUGGCCACGAAAAAAUGGCUGAAGGCAGCCAUUUAUCUAUAUUUACUUUUUAUCAUACGAUCUUCGGUCGUCUUUAUCAGGAUCACUACCCAAGUCGAUUUAGCGAUGACUGUCUGUCCAUUCGUCAGUCCAUAUGAAUAUUUUGGAAUGCGAAUUUUAGUGAGGUAUGCGUAUUGUAACGCCUACAAAAUGUAAAAUUCAUACUUUCAAUUUAUUUUGUCAAUACCUAUACCCUACCUAAAUUUGGUUAAACCUACAGUUACUAAAAAACUUUUUAUAUAAAUUUAAUUUGAAGGCCUGUUAUAGUCACUGAAGUCACUAUUAGUUGAAGUAAAUGGCACCAGCCCCAUUAGAGUUUGUGGCUCCAUCUAAAGGUUUGUUUUGAUGAUAGUAAACAAUGUACCGGGCAUUUGAUAGUCGAGACACUCGACUAUAGCGUUUCUUUUUGUUAAUAAUUUCUUUCGAGCAAUGAUCGCUAGACGCUUUACAAAUUUGUCAUCCUCGCAGUAACGAAAAAUCCAAGAUUCAGAUUAAAAUUGCUUUAAUGAGAACGUCAAUGUACAUAGUUGUCAUAUUUCUGUAAGCAUUUAAAGCCUUUUAAUUAUUGGACGUAACUUUUCGACCAUAUAAAUCCAAACAAUAAUUUUUAUUUUUGAAUAACACUAUUCUUAAUCAUUUUAAUUAUUUUCAUCAAUAAAAUAAUUUAAAGUCAUAUAUAGUGCAUUAUGUAUAGCUUAAUUGAUACCAUUCGUUAGAGAUUCCUGACAGUCUUUGUAAUAUUCCGAUUCUUAAAAAACUUCCAUUCUUAGUAUUUCACAUACGCUGGCGGAAUUACAAGUUUCUAUUUGAAGUUCUUCCUAAUUCACUUGGUACUUCAAAAUAAAAUAGAACAAAUUAUAUUUGGGGCUAUUCGUAUAUUUAUCCACAUGUUUGAGUUGCAAUCGGUUUAUUUCUGUUAACAGUACCACAAUCCUAAUAACUUUACAGCUAAGGAUUUAAACAGAAUAUCAUCUGCAAGAAAAAACAUUUAGUUCAUGUUUUUUUAGAAUUGAUUUACGUAUAAAUUUUAAAUAAGAUGUGAAAUAAUAUACAUAUAUAUAUAUACAAUAUAAAAAUAAAUAAAAUGUAAAUAGGUAACAUUUUAAAAUAGAAAGUACUGAUAAUGCUUACGAAUUUAUUGACCAUAAGACCUGAUAGCUACUAUUCCAUGAAAAGCUAAAUUUCUGAUAAUAAUGCAAUUUUUUAAAUUUAUUUUCUGGUAUAAAUUAUUAGGUCAUAUUUAAAUACUUACUUUGGUUUAUCGCCCAUAUUAUUAUAAGUACUUUUAUACUAGUCUGCAUUCAGUUAUUAAACUUUUAAUAAAUUUAUUAAUUGUGUAAAGGCACGUUUUACGUCAACAUUGGGCUUGUCGUACACGUUUGCUAAACAUUGAAUUAUAAUAAAUAAAAUGUUUGUUAAUGUGUUUGUAAUUCAAAUUUGUUUAGGUUUAAUUAUCUUAAAAUUUUAAUAUACCUUGACGUUAGUCUAUAGAUGUACAUCUGUACUUAAUAAACAUAUCUUGAUUCGUAGGUUUGCGACAAUCUUAAAAAUUGAUUUUGUAAAACUAAAAAAAUUAUAACUAGAGCCUUAUGUAAAUCUAUAGCAUACAAAUCAUACUUCACAAAAAACCAAACAAUAACAUUCAUUUGUAAUAAAACAUAAAUUAUAUAUUAAAUCUCUCAUGGGCGUUGCAUUUUGUAUACUUAAUAUAAUACUAUUUAAAUACUUUUUUUAUGAGACCUUUAUAAAAACCACAAAUAAAAAAGAUAAUGAUAGGAAAUACUAUUUUUAUUAAUUCAACAAUAUUAUGUCACUGUUUUUCUCUCUGAGUAGGCAACAGUAUAUAAUUAAUAAUAAUGUUUACAACUAUUCUGUGGAAAAUCGAAAAUCAUUAUAAAAUGAAAUCACACUAAUAACAAUAGCAAAAGUACAUAACGAUAUACUGAAAGCGUAUUUUUGCAAUUGCUUUGACGGAACUACUGUGCGCCCAAAAUCUUGUAAAAUAUGGAAGAGUAAAGUAUAAAAAUACAUAAUCAUCAUCAACAUUCCAGUCCACCUUAUUUUGGAUCUUUAAAUACGGCCCUGUUCUAGUUUUCACUUCUCUAACCUUUUCUAGCUUUUACUUCAGAAAAAUCCUCACGGGUUUCUUUUGCCCCCUUAUUGGACUUUUUUAAUUUCCAUAUUUGUUUUAUUUUUUGCAACCCUUUGAACUAAAAAACUCAAUUUUUUGUUAUUUUUAAAAUAUAAAUAAAUUGAAAAUUAAUAGAAAGUUUGUUUUUUUGCCUAAAAUAUCACUCACUGGUUGAAAAACUCUGGCAUUGUUUAGGCUUUUGUUAAGAGACUGCCGAUGCAGUCAGCUGUUUAACUUCACACCAAAAAUGAAUUCGGCUAAGAAAAUUCCCGAACCAACAAUGGAGAUUUUAUUAUGUAAAGGGGAAGUCUUAAAAAUGUUAUCGAUUUCACUACCAAGUGAAAACUGGAACAGGCCGGAUAAUAUCUAUAUUUUGUAUUUUUCUAGCGGAAAACAAAAGUCAAGACAUAAGUUUUAUUGUUUCAGUUUUAUAUAAAACUCAAAGGUGUUAUUUAAAAAUUCAUGAAUUCAAAGAGUAAUUUUAAAAUAAAACAUAUAAAGGUUACGACCUAUGACUUCUAUCAAAUUUGAAAUCUAUAAGAAGUAUUAAAAGGAUAAAAAGAAAUUACAUUAAUAGCAGGCCUAAAAAUUCAAUAAAAAUAUUGCUGUGAUAAACUAAAUGCCGAUUUAUAUAGGGCUCUAGUCACGUUCAUACCAUGUAUAUAUACUAUAUACAUAUAUUUGGGACAUUACCUCUAAAACCGGCCAUCUGAAAUCGAAUUAUGCUGUCAUAUUUUGAACACAUUUGUAAGCAACACAGUAUUGUUUUAUGUCAAACAUUUCAAAUUUUAAUAAAAACUAUUUUUAAAAUAUUUCAACUUUUCUAAGUAAAAUGGCAACGAAUUCAGUUUUAGAAGGCCUGUUUUCCCACACACAAUCACACAUAUACCAACAUAUUUAUAAAGAGCUUAAUCGCAAACACGUAUAAGAUGAUAAAGAAUCUGUGUUACAAUAGUUUUGUGGUCCUGGAUAUAUUAACGAAGUAAUGUAUUAUUUAUGUAAUCAGAACAAUGUAUAUAGCCAUUGCUAAUUUAAAAGACUGUUUAACCAUAUUACAUAUGUUUGAUCCGAUAAUUUAUCAAUAAACAUAUAACUAAA